GAUAAUGAAGACUUUUUGCUGUUUGCAUGUUUGCACCUCCUGCACUGCAAAACGUGCAAACGUCUUUUAGCGUGGAUUACUUUCAUAAAGAGAAAGAUGGGAGGAAUAAUAAAAUGAUAAACAUGCAGUACAUCUCCAGUCCUUGUAGGGACAGCGAAGCAUGUGCACCGCGCUGAUUGAAAGCUGUUGAAAGAGGGAGGAGAAGAUCACAGAGGCUGGAUGACUGUGAGCGAGUAGCCACUGUUGUUGGAGACACUUCAGGAGUUCACUAUGGAGUCCACCGCGGCUUCCCGGUGUUUGGAUCUGUUUGUCGUUUUGUCUCUGCUGCCUCCGUUUAUCAGCGCCACCCGGAUUAUCACAGACACACCGGACCUGCAGAAGUCCACCAGCACCGGGCUCCGGGUGAAGGAGCACUCACAGAUUGUUGCCCAACACAAUAGGCUGCGGAGUCGGGUCCAACCCAUGGCAGCUAACAUGCAAAAAAUGGAGUGGGAUGAGAAGUUGGCCUUGCUUGCAAAGGAGAGGGCAGCAUUGUGCCACUCAGACCACCCCCCUCAACACUCCUCAUCUUUCAGUCACAUUGGCUGGAACACAAAUCUUUCUGUUUAUGGUGUCACCUCAUUUUCCGACGUCAUUGACUCUUGGUUUGGGGAGGGGAAAGAUUUCCUCUACUUGAAUGGGAAGUGCAGAGAGAACACCACCUGUCAACACUACACACAGUUGGUGUGGGCCACUUCAAGUCAUGUGGGCUGUGCCAGCCAGCUGUGCCUGAGGGAAGGAGACCUCUGGGAGAUGUUUGUCUGUGCUUAUUUCCCUGGGGGAAACUGGGAGGUGAAGGGUCAGCUGGUGAUGCCUUAUAAGACAGGACUGUACUGCUCUCUCUGCACCUCUUCCAUGUCUGGCUGCUUUAGACUGUGGGAUCACAUAGGUGGAUUAUGUGAGAUUCCAAGGAAUCCAUGUCGUAUGAGCUGUGGUCAGCACGGCCAUCUUAACAUCUCAUCCUGCAAGUGCAAGUGUGACCCUGGCUUCACCGGACGCCUCUGCCAGGUACGGUGCAGUGUGCAGUGUGUGCACGGCCGUUUCAGAGAAGAAGAAUGCUCUUGCUUGUGUGAUGUUGGCUAUGGUGGUGCUGAGUGUGCAGAGAAAGUGCAGUUUCCCCUCCACAGCUGUGAUGUGAUGAUAGAUGGUGAUUGCUUCAUGGUGUCUUCAGAAGCUGACACCUACUAUGGAGCCAAGAGUCACUGUCAGGAACGAGGGGGUAUUCUAGGUCACAUACACAAUCAGAAGGUUCAGGACAUCCUGGCCUUUUAUCUCAGUCAGCUGGAGACGAGCAACGAGGUCACCAACACCGACUUUGAGACACGAAACUUCUGGAUUGGUUUGACAUAUAAACCUCUGAAAGACUCAUUUCGCUGGGACACGGGAGAGAUCCCUCGAUUCAGUAGCUUUGCCUUUGGGCAGCCUGACAACCAAGGCUUUGGAAACUGUGUUGAGUUGCAAGCGUCGAGUGGCUUUAACUGGAACGACCAGCGCUGUAAAACACAGAACCGAUACAUUUGCCUGCAUGCUGCAGAGCACAUUGCCCAGUGGGAGGAUGGCAGGUGAAACUAGGUGUGCAGUACAUGUCACAUGUUGGUUGUGACAAUGGCCGCUGUUGUUGGUAUAUGUUAUGUCAAUCAUUGUACCAGUGGAUGUAGUUUAGAUGUACUGUAUAUACUGUACAUGUCUGAAUGUUUAAUACAAAUGCUUUAUUAUUAAGUGGUUGUAUGUUGCAUUGCCAAUCAAAAACCUCAAAUUUGACUCAUCAGACCAAAGUACAGAUUUCCACUAGUCUAUUUCUUGUGUUUCAUGGUCCAAGCAAUUCUCUUCUUCUUCUUGUCAACACAACCAAUGAUCUGAAACGCAUUAAGAAGGCAAGAAAUAUCACUAUUUAACUCUAGAUGAGGCACACCUGUUAAUUAAAAAGACUUUGAAAAUGACUAACCCAUGAAACUGACUCAGAAAAUGUGUGCAAAGCUGUCAUC